CAGUUUUUAUUAAGAAAAGAAUAAAAUCAUGAAACUCUUUGCCCUCGUUCGAUUUUCUUCCACCUUUCUCUCCCUCGCACUCUUAUGGCAACAAUUUCCAAACCCAUAAGGCUGAAGCCAAAGCCCAGGUCCCCAUUCUACACUCUUUUGAUCUGCAUAUCUGCAAUUACAUUGUUGUUUCUGUUUUCCACAGAUGGGUUUUCUUUCUCCUCCAAAAAGAACUCAUUGAGAUAUAGGAAACCCCCGAGGCUGCAUUCUCUCCAUGACAAGUACUUGUACUGGGGCAGCAAAAUUGACUGCCCUGGCAAGCACUGUGAGUCCUGUGAGGGUUUGGGUCACCAGGAAUCCAGCCUCAGGUGUGCCCUUGAAGAAGCAAUGUUUUUGAAUAGGACUUUUGUGAUGCCUUCCACUAUGUGUAUAAAUCCAAUACACAAUAAGAAGGGGAUCCUUCAUCAUUCUAACAAUGCAAGUUCUGAGGAAAUAUGGGCUGCAAGCUUUUGUUACAUGGACUCUUUGUAUGAUAUUGACCUCAUAUCUGAAACUAUACCUGUAAUUUUGGACAAUUCAAAAGUUUGGCAUCAUGUAUUGUCAACAAGUAUGAAAUUGGGAGAUAGAGGAGUUGCCCAUGUUGAAGGAGUUAGUCGGGUUGAUCUCAAAGAGAAAAGUCACUACUCAAAUAUCUUGCUCAUUAAUAGGACAGCAAGCCCUCUUUCAUGGUUCAUGGAGUGCAAGGACCGAAACAACCGCAGUGCUAUAUUAUUGUCAUAUUCAUUUCUUCCUUCAAUGGCAUCAGAGAAAUUAAGAGACGCAGCAGAGAAGAUUAAGGCACAUCUCGGUGAUUAUGAUGCUAUUCAUGUUCGUCGCGGUGAUAAAAUAAAAACUAGAAAGGAUAGGUUUGGUGUUGCGCGGAGCCUACAUCCUCACCUGGACAGGGAUACUCGCCCAGAGUUUAUACUUCAUAGGAUUGAAAAGUGGGUCCCACCUGGACGAACUCUUUUUAUUGCUUCAAAUGAGAAGAAACCGGAAUUUUUUUCACUUCUCUCUGCCCGAUAUAAAUUGGCAUAUUCAUCCAAUUAUAGCAGGAUCUUGGAUCCCUUGAUUAAGAACAAUUACCAAUUAUUCAUGGUUGAGAGGCUUAUACUGAUGGGUGCCACAACAUUCAUUAAAACAUUCAAGGAAGAUGAUAUGGAUCUCAGCCUUACUGAUGACCCUAAGAAGAACACGAAGAACUGGCAAAUACCAGUUUAUACAAUGGAUGAAUGGAGAAGAUGAUCACAGUAUAGUCCAUCACUCUUUCUUUCCUCCAUGUUAGACCAUUAUUCCUCUCAAUGAAUGCUAUACUAUACUAGCCUGUCUGGUCAUUCUCCGAUUUCAUGGUAACGUGUGCAUUUGAGUUGCAUAUCAGAAUCUUUGUAGCGUCGACAGAUCGCGUAUCAUGAGAUGUACAAAGAGAGGCUUGCUGGUUGUGCCAAUGUAAAUUUCUAUGUGAAAUGAAACCCAGGUCUUACCUGUUUUUGUUUUCAAGUAAAUUGGUUAUUAUUACUACAGAGAAGUUUUCUGGAGAAAGAGGCACUUCUUGAUCUCAAUGUAAUAGCUGCUGGUGAAUGAAUAUGAAUGGAAACUAUCAUUUUGAAUC